ACUAAGUAAGUUUAUUAAAUAAAUAAGAAUGAAGUGUAAAAUACCCGAAAUCUCUUGGCACAAUCGUGACCCGGUGCUAAGUGUAGAUAUACAAUCAAAUAGUCAGGGAUUACCUGCACCCACAACAUGUCGUCUCGCCUCGGGUGGCACCGAUGCUCACGUUCUCAUUUGGUACGUAAACCAAAGUAAAGAGGACGAAGCCGCGGACGUUGAACUGGAAUUGGCAGCGGAUUUGGCGAGGCAUCAGCGUGCAGUUAACGCGGUGCGCUGGUCACCCAACGGCGAACUUCUCGCAUCGGGCGACGAUGAAAGUGUUGUCUUCAUCUGGAAACAAAAAGCAGAGCACGAAGUCGUAAACAUUGUGGAUGCGGAUGGCAAUUCUGAACAGGAUCGUGAAGUUUGGCUGACUUUGAAGGUGUUGCGUGGCCAUCGAGAGGAUGUCUACGAUUUGAGUUGGGCGCCGAAUUCGCAGUUUCUGAUCACCGGCUCGGUGGACAACACGGCCAUGUUAUGGGAUGUUCACAAGGGCAAAUCCCUGGCCAUAUUAGACGACCACAAGGGCUAUGUACAGGGCGUCGCCUGGGAUCCAUGCAAUCAGUACCUGGCUACGAUGAGUACAGAUCGGCACUUGCGGGUUUUCGAUGUCAACACGAGACGCGUCUUGCACCGAGUAAGCAAAUCUACGCUGCCCGUUAAGGAGGGACAUGAGCUGCAUGGCCGUAGUAUACGCUUAUAUCAUGAUGGCACGCUGCAAACCUUUUUCAGACGCCUAUGCUUCACACCCGAUGGCAAGCUGUUGUUCACGCCAGCAGGCGUGACGGACUAUGAUGGGGUGUUGAAACCGACGCAUACAACCUAUGGCUACAGUCGCUAUGAUCUGAGUAAACCGGCCUUUGUGCUGCCCUUUCCCAAUGAGUAUACCGUGGCUGUGCGUUGCUCGCCCGUGUUGUACCGUCUGCGACCGUACAAUCCGGAAAAGAAUCCGCCGAUGAUAUCGCUACCAUAUCGCAUGAUCUACGCGGUGGCCACUAAGAACUCGGUGUUCUUCUACGAUACACAACAGGCGGUGCCGUUUGCCAUUGUCUCCAAUAUUCAUUACACUCGAUUGACUGAUCUGACCUGGUCGAAUGAUGGCAAUAUAUUGAUUGUAUCCAGCACCGAUGGAUUCUGUUCCUUGCUGACCUUCAGCGAAAACGAACUGGGCGAGCGCUAUGAAGAUAUGGACGCAGUGCUGUGCGCUACGGCCAAAUCAUCGGAGAAUUUGCCACAACGAAAUCGUAAAAUCAAAAAGCAAAAGCUACGCAAGGCCUCCACAGAUGAAUCGUCGAAACGGCGACCGCUCCAGGACAAAACUAAGGCAAACAACAUUGAAAUACAGCCGGGCGUGGAUAAAGUAGACGAGUGCAAUGAGAGCGGAGAGACUGACUUGGAUGCGGACAAUGAUUCGUCCCUGCAGAGCAGUAGCUCGGGUAAUUUAGCGAGCAGUCCCAAACCUGUGGCCAAGACAGAGGAAGAGCCAACGCCCAUUGCUUUUAGACAUUCGCCACGCAAGGCGACGGAGCCCCAGCCAAUUGCAAUACGUCGAAAACCUAAAGAAGCCACGCCCAUUGCAGCCCCCACCGAGAUUGCGGUGAAGCGAAAAGCCAGUGGUGAUGCCGAGCCUUUGCAGAACAUUGCCAAGCAGGCGAUUGUUGUGCUGGGUAAGCCCAUUGAAGCAGUGCUCGAUAAGGAGAUCAUCAGUUCGGAUGAGAAGUUCGAGUCGCCAGAGAAGAAAUCCCGGCCAGCCACGCCCAUUCAGGUGCGGAGGCUACCGCGCACACCGGGCAGCAGCAGCACCAACACCCUAACGCCUCAACAAGGGUCCGUCAAACAUGCCACGCCCAUUGCGGUGCGACGUACACCAAGGGUGUUAAUUGAUGUGCCCGUUGUGAAUGCGCCCGUGGUCGUCGAGGAGGCGAUGGAUGCCUGGCCGAUUGCCAUGGAGGGUGUAACUCCGUUUCCAAAGGAAAAAUCGCCUAGUAAAAAAGCGGAAGCGACUACGCAACUAGCUAUCAACGAGGUGACCUCUGAACGGACCGAGGACAUACGAUUGGUCUACGAGGACACACAAGAAGAGGUAGCAACGCCAGUGAACGAGACGCCUGUCAAGGCGGCAGCAAUUCCUGCCAAGGAAGCAACAACGCCAGCUGCAACGGCAGCGAAAACGACAGCUGCACCGCCUGCUACGACGACUGCCACGCUGGUUGCCUCGCCAAAGCCGAGCACGCCCAACACGAAGACCCCGAGACGAGUAUCCUUGCGCACCAUUUCGACGCCCAAGUCAAAAAAGAAAAUUUUAGAAUAGAUUUACUUAGUGUACGACAGAUAUAGACUUAGCCUUAACAGAAUUAAAUAGUAUAUGAUUAUAUAACAAUUGGGUUUUAGCGACCUUCAUAGUUCUUAAAUCCAAUAUUUAUAUUAUAUGUAAUAAAAACGCACAUAAAUGAGAGAGAGAAA